AUGUCGUCUAGUAAGCGUCGCAAGCUGGAUGGCCAAGGCCCUCCUCAGUCUCCGGUCAGCGCCGUUAGUGCAAUUGCUGCUCGUCGACGGCAAGCUGCAUCUGUGGCCCAAAGCCAAGCCACUGAGCCUGCAAACCUGGCAGAGCCGUUGGCACCAAGUACAAACUCCUUCAGCGCUCUCCAGGCUCCUAUUCCUGAUAGAAAGGCUACUCGUCCUCCCAAGAAGAGGUCUAAACAGAGUGUUGCACCCCGAAAUGACGGCUGUCGACCCGUGGCAGCGGAUGAUCCAGAGGCAGCCGACUUAAGAAAGCUAGGUCGUCUCUCACCUCUAUUUCGGAGAAUAUGGAAUGAGCCAAGUGAGACAGUCGAUGGGACUACAACUGGAGCGCAGACGUUCCAAAUAAUAGGGUCAUCUUCAGAUGCGCCUAGGAGAUGUGUCAUUCAAGAAUUGGUCUCUCCACCGGAGUGGAACAAGAAAUUGGCAUCCUUGCUGUCGAUUUCAGGGACAAGCCUGCGGACAACUUUUGUCUGUGGACCAAAAUCCACAGGCAAGUCGACCUUCUCGAGGUUACUCACAAACCGCCUUCUGACAUCGUCUUCAAAUGGUGAGAAUCCUGUCAAACGAGUGGCAGUGCUUGACCUUGACCCUGGACAACCCGAAUAUGCUCCACCCGGUACCGUAUCACUCGUAUGCGUCUCAAACCCGAACUUCGGAGUCCCAUUUACUCACGCUGCCUUUAAUGAUCCGUCGAACACCAUUCUGAGAUGCCACUCUUUAGCGUCUGUUACUCCAGCUUCAGCACCCGAUCUUCUCGUCUCAUGCGCCACCGACCUGUAUGGCACAUACCAAAGGUCGCUUCGUACUUGCCCCCUUAUAGUAAACACCCCAGGUUGGAUCCUAGGCACAGGCUUAGAUCUCCUUGUGGAGCUGAUCACUAGGAUUCGUCCUGCCGAAGUCAUAUACAUGUCAGAAGAUGGCCCUGCCGAUGUUGUGGAUGUAUUGAAGAACGCGACCAAGAAUUCAUUCAGCAUGCUUCCGUCACAACCAUCGGAAUUUACCUCCCGAACUGCUGCUCAUUUCCGGUCAAUGCAAAUGAUGUCGUACUAUCAUUCUCAUGUUGAUAUCGAGAACAAGCGGUUGAGACCACUGCGGCUCACUUGGUCCGCCCAUGCUAUUUCGUCCGCAAGACCCUUCAUGGUUUCAUAUCAUGGCAGCAAUAGUGGUUUUUUUGGAAUUAUAUCUUAUGACUACCAGUGCACUCCAGAGCUUCUAGCGGAUUCUAUCAACGGGUCAAUACUAGCCAUAGUCGAAAUUGAAGGGCCGGAAGCCUUCCGGCAAUUUACGGCAACUCCCGAAAUCAGAGGUGGUCGAGACAGCACCAAGACUCCGGAAGUGGUAGUCACUAGAACGGCUGAGGACUUGCCAUUCAUUCCAAAUCCCGAUGACGCAACGCUCGACCCUCAGUAUUGCAAAACAAUCGGGCUUGCCCUUGUUCGAGGAUUAGACUUGAAACGAAAGUGUCUACAAGUUAUCACGCCAACACCAUACGCCAGCCUAGAAAAAAUCAAGGUAGAGGGGAGGGAUAUUGUCUUUGUUCAUGGAAGAUUCGACACCCCCUAUUGGGCUUAUACUGAAGACCUCUUCGCCAAAUCUUCUCAAGACGAGCUAGUAGACAAGGAAGUCCAUAUAACAGACGAAGAGACAAGUGAAGACGAAGCAAGUGAAGAAAGGGCACAACCUGGGGAAAACGAGCACGCCAUGAUAUCUACGAUACCAUGGAUAGAAAUUUUAGAUGGAAACCAGAAACGCCCCGUUGGAUCUCGAGUUUGGCGAGUAAGACGAGACUUGGGUCGUCGUAACACUGACUGA